GCAGUAUUAUUUAUUUUAUUCCUCUCCUGUCUGUCUCCUCUCUCACUCAAGGGUUUUUGCUGCUCUCCUCUUUUCGGCUUCGAAUGGCGGACGAUUUUCUCUACGCCGCCGCCGCCGAUUCCAACAAGCGCAAGUACGAGGAUUCACCGUCACCGGUUGCGCGCAGGGCGACCGGAUUCUCAUCGACGCCGGACGCGGCGGCGCCUCCCCAGCUGAGCGAAAUCGAGCUGGCGACGCAGAAGGCGCAGGAGAUCGCCGCGAGAUUCCUGAACAACGCUGAUCCGACGAAGAGAGCUCGAGUUGAGAAUGUGGGGAACGGUGGCAGAGGAUUCGAUUCGAGCGAUUACAGUAGUCAGAAGCCUUCAGGUUAUGGUCUUAGUGGUCCACCACAAGGCUCCUCCUCAUGUUAUCCUGGUCCAAGCAAGAGGAUUGAUAUUCCAAAUGGGAGGGUGGGUGUGAUAAUUGGCAAAGGUGGGGAGACUAUUAAAUACCUCCAGCAACAGUCGGGAGCUAAGAUUCAGGUCACUAGGGACAUGGAUGCAGACCCUAAUUCCCCUACAAGAGGGGUUGAUCUCAUGGGUACUCCUGAUCAGAUAGCCAGAGCGGAGCAGCUUAUCCAAGAUGUACUUUCCGAGGCUGAGGCUGGUGGAGCUGGCUCAACUUCUCGGCGUGUGGGUGGUCAAUCAUUUGGAGCUGAGCAGUUUGUAAUGAAGAUCCCCAACAACAAGGUGGGACUUGUUAUCGGUAAAGGAGGUGAAACCAUUAAAAGCAUGCAAACAAGGACCGGGGCUCGCAUUCAGGUUAUACCUUUGCAUUUGCCACCUGGUGAUACAUCACAGGAGAGGACUGUCCAAAUUGAUGGAACUAGUGAGCAGAUCGAGGCUGCUAAACUAAUAGUAGAUGAAGUCAUCAGUGAGAAUCGUAAUAGAAAUUCAUCAAUGUCCGGAGGAUAUUCUCAACAAGGAUACCAAGCUCGACCUCCUUCUAACUGGGGGCUGCCCGGCGCACCAAUGCAACAACCUGGUUAUAGCUACCCUCAAGCUGGUGCAUACCCUGGUCAACCACCACAAUACAGCAUGAAUCAGCCUCCCUAUUCCGGUUAUCCUCAACAAUCCACCUCUAGUGGAUACCCGACCAGCUGGGACCCGUCAACUGCUUCCCAAACUCAGCAAGCCCCCCAGGGUGCCGGGUAUGAGUACUACAACCAGCAGCAACCUCCACAGCAACAGCCUGCCCAAGGGGAUCCUGCUGCUCCCACUGAUGCUUCAGGAUAUGGCUACGGGGCCUAUGGCCAGGCUCAAGCCUACAGUCAAGGACAGGGCUACGGCCAGUAUGGCUAUGGUAGUUAUCCAACAGGUGCAGCUGCAGCUGCAGCUGGUUACGGCCAACCUCAGCAGAAUCCCGCUGCAGGAUACGAGAACCAGCAGCAAGGAUAUAACUCUAAAAGUAGCAAUACCUCUAACCCGACACCUGAUGCAUCUUAUGGAGCACAGGAUGAAGCCAAUCAAGCGCCUGCAUCUGGGCAGUCAUGCAAUGCCGGAGGUCAACCUGCUGCUAAUCCCAACUAUCCACCUCAAGCUUCCAACCAGCCGGGUUAUGGAGGUGGUUACGGAUCCCAGACAACCCCCCCGAGCUAUGCACCUCCCCAGGCGCAAAAACCACCGGGUGGCCAGGCAGCCUAUGCGCAACCAGAACAGUCACCUAGCUCUCAAGGUGCUGGCUAUGCACAGUCUGGGUAUUCUCAGUCGCAGCCUGCUGCAGCACAUGCUGGCUAUGCUCAAACGGCAGCUUAUCCUAUAUCCCAGGCAGGGUAUGGGGCUCCACCCUACGCAGCAGCAGCGGCGGCUACCCAACCUGGCUAUGGGCAACAGCAGGCUGCAGCAUACAACAGCGCUUACGGUGGCGCUGCUGGAUAUUCCCAGCCUCCAGCUUAUCCAUCUGCUGAUGGCUCAGCCGGUGGUGAUGCACGUGGAGCGUACGAUUCUACUACUCCCCCACCUCAAUCUGCCCCGCCCACCGGGUCUGCCAAAGCAUCACCGCCAGCUUGAUGGGUCGAGUGACUAGUAUUUUGGUAUAUUGCUGUUGCCUCUUUUAGUGACUCUUGUCUAUUCUAGAUUCGUUAAAAGUUUGGUUUUUGAUAACCGGAGAUUCUGAAUUUUAUCAAUCUUGACCAUGGUAUUUGUUUUACAAUUCUGUUUUCAUAACAAACUGAUAAUUAUUUGAUAAAGGGGUGUGUUUUAUUUAUA